AGACUGGCCAGCAACGACAUGGCCAAUGCGAGCAUGUCGCCGUUUGUAGCCUCGUUCCUGGGUGACUUUGGCCAUGCCCAGCAGAUUGCAGAGGACGGCGAGUCCAUGCUUGAUAACAUGGUGCAGUACUUGCAGCGGCUGGCUCUCAUUGAGAGGCGGUACGCGGACGAGUUGACCGAGCUGUCCAACGAGACCAAGCUCUCGUUUACAUCGAAAGGCCGCGACUCGUCUGAGGCCUGCUAUCGGACGUUUGUGCAGCACAUGGCGCGCGAGGGUAUCCACCACUCCAACGUGGCGGACAAGAUCGAGACGUACAUCGUGCCGCCGCUGGUGGAAUGCAAAGAGACAACGGUGAAGACGGUGGCUGCAGCGCUUGACGAGCGCAACACCAUGCUGCAGCGGUUUGAGGAGUCUCUGGCAUCCAUCGACGAGAUGCAGCAUGAGUUUGACGAGCUGCGCGCCCGCGCCGAUGUAGCCCGCGAAACGCUGUCCAACUCGUCGUCGGCAUCGAUGCGCGAGAAGAAGCGCAAGCGGCUCAUUGACGACGCAAAAAAGGCCAAGCAGGAGAUGCUCGACGCAAAGUCGCGCUACAACGACGGCGUCCGCAUCUUCAAUGCCGUCCAGUCGGACUUUUACGUCCGCGCCCUCCCCAAAUCGCUCAACGCGCUGCAGUCGACUAUUCUUCGCCGCCUGAUGGAGACCAAGGCCGCGUUCAAGCUCAUGCACCGCGCCCUCUACCCCUCGCCCAAGUCGCUCGUCGAUACCGUCGGCCAGCUCGAGGCCGCAUACCAGGCUAUCGACCCUCAAGAGGACAUCAUGGUAUUUUGCUCGUCGGCUAACUCUCAGUGGGUCAUGCCGUCCGACCGCCAGCAGGCGCUCACGCCUGAAGAGCGCGACGCCCUCUACGAGGCCGCUUUUGAAGACUAUUUCCACAUGUCCCUCCACCGCGAGAAGCGCGACCGUCGCCGCAAGCGCCGCGAGCGUAUGCUCGAGCGUGCACGCCUCACAUACAUCGAGGACGUCGGAGACUCCCCCGACGCCCUUACUGAUGACCAGCUUCUUGCGUGGAUGCAGCGCACCCGCGAGGAAGAGCUGGCCGCAGCCGCAAAGGCCGAUGCUUUUAAGCUGCAGGCCAACACCCGGCGCAGUUCUGUCUCGCUCUCCUCGCUCGCCUCACCGCUCUUUAUGGCCCACAUGGCCCACAAGGGCUCUACCACAGCGAGCUCCGCACCAGUCUCGCCAUCCAUCACGGAAGAGGUUCUAAUCGAGGAUGCGGCCGCUAUGCGGCCGUCCAUCGACUUUUCAAAUGCCCUCUCCUCCUUCUCUCUUCAAGCACCGGCCCCCUCCGCCGCUGCUGCAAACUCGGCCACUGACGCCUCAAACCUCACGUAUGGCUCAUCAGCCUCGAGCUCGUCGUCGGGCUCGUCGUCGGACUCGUCAUCCUACUCGUCAUCAUCGUCAGACUCGGGCGCCGGCGCUGCUGCCAACGCAGACGGUGAGCCGCCGUCGUCUUCCUCUCGCCACAAGCGCCACAAGCGGAAGCCCAAGAAGCCUGGCCCUGACGAUGCCGUUCCUUCCACUCCGGCCAAGAUCCCUCCACCUCUCCCACCCAAGAACCGUCUUCCACCUCCACCUGACGUUGCCGAGAACGUUGGCGGCUUUGGUGACAGCUUUGACGAGAUCUGCGCCGAGGGUGACGCCGAGAUGUACCAUGCCGAGCACGGCGAGGGCUACGACGGCGAGUAUGGCAAGUAUGACAUGGACGGCGAACACGGCGAACACGGCGAACACGGCGAACACGGCGAACACGGCGAACACAUUCACUAUGAUAGCUACAACACCGAUGUCGCUAACGACGUCAUGCUCGAUGGCCCUGACCCCAACCCUGCACCCAUAGCUGGCGACAACGAUCCUUCCGGCUACACCGCCCUGCCGCCGCCACCAACCCGUGCCUCGCCGGAGCCUACACUUGCCACAGAGCCCGAUCUCUCUGGUAAGCAAUCCAGUGAGCCCAUCGAGUCCAUCGAGCCCGCCAUAUCGUAACAUCCCCCGAAACUCCU